AACAAAAACAACCGUAUCAUACCAAAAUCAACCCGGCCAAUGGCCGGGCACAAAAACUAGUUAUAAAUGAGAGAGAAGAUAUCAAGUUUCCCACGCCGCCCGUCCCUACCAUCCCUCCCACCCAAUCAAAACAUCCGUCACAUCGCCAUUUCUUCUUCUUCUUCUUCUUCCUCCUCCUCUGCCUCCAAAACCAAAAGUAAAGAAAAGCAAAAAUUUCCCGCCCACCGCCUCCGUGCAGUCUGCACAUUUCUCUCUAACCGUCGCCCUUCUCCUUUCACUUCCUCUUCCGCUACGGUUGCUCCGACGAGCGACGACGUCCUCUUUCCCUCGGCUCAUCGACUGCUAUUCCUCUGAAAGUUGUCGGCGACGAGUUAAUCGGUGCAGCGAGACAACAGAUCACGCGAUCGUUUCCGGAGUCUAGUUCACUUUCCGUUUCCUCUCGUAGCUUUCUUCCUCUCUCGGCCAGUUUCUCGUCCAGGUAGCCAUCUCCUCUCUCUCUCUCUCUCUCUCUCUCUCUCUCUCUCUCUCUCUCUCUCUCUCUCUCUCUCUGUUUCAGAGCUUGAUUGAUUGUGAGUUUUUCCGUGCUUGUUCGAACAAGAUCUUAGUAGCUGACGAAAGGUUUAUGUGCAUCCUUCUGAUUCAUUGACGUCUAUGGUUUGGGAAUAUGCGCUGAAUUUUGUUUGUUUGCUUGCUUUGUUUCUGGUUUUCAAAGCCGCAUUUUAUCGAGCAGGUGGGGGAUCGUUUCCUGCAAGUUGCCCGGAGACCAGUUCUCUUUCCGUUUCCUCUCGAAGCUUUCUCCCUCUCUCGCCCAGUUUCUCGUUCUGGUAAGCACAUUCUCUCUGUCUCUCUUUCUCCUCUCUGUUUCAGAGCUUGAUUGGUUACAGUUCUUGAACUAUGCACUCCAUCUGUUCGUAAGCUAUGUCCAAGAUUGUGAUUCUUUCCUUGCUUUUCCGAACGAGGUCUUAGUAGCUGAUGGAAGGUUUAUUGACUCAUAGACUCUUGAGAUUUUGGAAUAUGCACUGAGUCUUGUUUGUUUGCUUUGUUUGUUUGGACGCCAAGUCUGGUUUUGGAAGUCGCAUUUUGUCGAGCAGCUGGGGGAUAUCUGUGGGUGAAAGAAAAUAUGUUUCAGUCUCUCAAGAUCGACACCGAGUUCGCGGAAGAAUCCGAUACCGAAAUCUUUGAUAAACUCAUGCAAUGGGCGGCACCUGCUGGGCUUCAGGAUCUGCGGGUUCGCGGUUCCUCUGGAUUUAUGAAAUAUCCUCAUUACUCGCAGACUGCUUUCGAAUCAAUCUCCGCUUGUGCUGCGUCGCUGGAGAUACUGCAGUUGGAAGGUUUCAAGUAUUCUGCAGCGGUAUUUGGGCGGGAGUCCUGGUCUAGUUUCAGAGUACUCAGAGAAUUGGUUUUGAACGGAGUCUCCUUUGAUUUCUUUGACCAGGAGGAAAUUGACCCUUUUGCUGGGUUCCCAGCGUUGGAGCUGUUGAGCCUGAUUUCUUGCUGCCGCUGUAUUGACCGGGAUGUUGAUGACCCUCUUACUGAUGUUGCCAUCUUGGUAGUAAAUGGACAACAGUUGCUGACUCUGGAGAUAAACAAACCAAUUGGUUUCUCCGAGAUCAGAGUUUCAGCUGCCAGACUCACAUCGUUUACUUUUAAGUUUGCGAUUCUCCGUUCUUAUCCGAUAACAAGAGUCUCCUUGAACGCUCCAUCCCUAGAGCAUGCAGCUGUCAACUUGAAGGGAUACAAAGAUUCGACUGUUGACCUGAUCACCUGAAUGAGGAAGAGGUACAGAAUGCUGAUGACCUGAAUGAAGAAGCGGUACAGACUCGGUAUGCAGCGUUAAUCUAUGGUCUGCGUCGAGCGGAAUCUCUUGUCUUCAAAUUUGGUACCACCACGGUAAGCUCCCUGGUAACUAUAUUAGUGCACCAACUCAUAUCAUAUCUUACUGCUGCAGGGCAUUUAUCUAAACUGUUGAUCAAUGGUCUGUUCGCCAUUGCACCUGCCUAUGCAAGUUGUUCUUGGUCUUUGAUUUUUGUUAUGUGGGUCGAAAGAAAUCUUAUUCUCUUCAUGUUGUUUUGGUUUACGCUCUGGUUUUAGGCAUUCUGGAGUGCUUGUCAGCUGUUGAGAGGUCGGCCUUCGCCUUUUGGAAGAUUGACGUACUUGGCUUUGCGUCAUAAGGAAGAAGACAUGGCCGUGAUAACUGAUGAUCAUGAGGUUGUGAUUUCUUACUUCUUCGGCAUCUUUGGUCGCAGAGUGGACUGUGGCCAUCGAGUUACAGAGGUGGGUCCAUCCGUCUAAUGAAACCAUGCCCUUCUUUUUGAACUCGAUAUCAAAUGUUGGUUUACACCGUAUGGAUAUAAUGUGACACUAGAUUGUCAAUUUGUGAUGGGUACUACGUACAGCCUACAAAUGUCUUCCUUUUCUCAUCACCGUGAUCUUCCAUGACUAGAUUCCUUUGAUGGUGAACUAAACUCGAUUCAUUUUCUUCACGCAGAUUACCAGGCUAUAUCCCCGAACCAUCAUCCCCAGCAAUUGAACAUUUUGACGCUGAAAGUCCGAUUGGCCCUGUGAGCUCUGAGAAAACUGAGGAUGAAGAAUUUGUUUUCGCUGUACUUGAACUGAUUGGGGAACUUGGGGGGAUAUGUUGUUAAUGCUAGACUUUGUUGUUUCAUGGUCCACUUUUCCGAUUUGUGAUGGUCUUACAGCUACAACAUUGAACCUUGGUGGUCUCUCGCUCUCCUUUGGUGUAGUUUUACAGUGAGCUUGAGCUACAGUGGUAAAUGAAUGAACUUUUCACAG